UCAGCACUGCCCAGAUAACCAAGAUGUUACCCAGACAGCAGCUCACGGCCACCAGCACCUCCACCAAUGUGAACAACGCGUUCAUCACUGAUAUUCACUGCUUCUCUGAAGCUCGAGCAACAAAAAUGAUAACAUGAUCCAGGAUGCAGUUCUGCCCUUGUCAUGUUUGACGUCCAUGGAGCUGUGCAUCGUGUGGCGGACUCAUACUCUAAUGAGCGCCGUGGGAUGACAGAGGCCUAAUAAAACUGAUUCAGAGUCUGCUGAAUAGCGUUCCAGAGACUGGGAUCAUUGGCAGAGUCCUAAAACAACAUCCUGAGUCAUCACGUUCCUUAAAGGUGAUCAGACCGAAGAUGUUUACAGGCUGAUUGAAUCUGCUUCUUUAGACAGCGGCUGCUUCUCCCUCACACUCGCUGCCAAAGUCUUUUCAUUCUUGGAUGGACUGUAUGUGCUCGUCUAUAGGCGUGCUGCAUUUUACGUGUGAGAUAAAAAGAAAUUAAGUCUAGAGUAAAAAAGCACUGAAGAAUGAUGACACAGUGAUUAAGUGCGUCUGUGAAAUGAAAUAUAGCCUUUAACACAGGAAGGAAGUGCAAAUGUGAGAAAAAACACUGAAUGCGAGAAAGAUUAGCAUCACAGCUGUUUGUCAGCAUUUACUGUCAUCCCACUUUCAUCCACUCACACACGGCACACGCCGGCAGUUGUAUUGCGUUAGGAUCAAAUUAGCUGUAAUGCAUCAUCUUCGGCUGAGAGCUCUCAGAAGCCACAGUCAGAGCACGCGGGGCAGGAACGCUCAGGGUGAGCGCGAACGGCGCUGCAGGAUUCUGCAGAAGCAAAAGUCCCUCCCAUCGACCUCACGCCUCCGUUUCACUGGACCAGCCGCACAUAAAAGAGAGAGAGAGCCAGAGUCUGGAUUGAGACGCACGGGUGCCCGGCCGUGCGCCGAGCUGGAGCUCUACAGUCAGGACUCACCUCUCACGUUUCCAUGACAGAAAUCACGUGUAGGAGGAAGUCCAUGGCCACGAUGGGCAUUUUAAAGCUGAAGCCAAGCAACACGUGGAGGAAAGAAGUUCCAUCAAGCUUAAGCUUCUUUGCUAUCUGAGCAGAGGUGACUGGAGGAAAUGUCUUCUUCUCCCGGCAUCGAACCUCGGGCGCAUGUGGACUUGGUGUACAUCUCCAUCGAGAGCGCCAUCGCCCUGGCCUCCGUGGUGGGGAACGUCCUGGUGGUGCUGGUGGUGUGCGUGAACCGCACUCUCCGCAACAGCACCUUCUCCUUCAUCGUGUCUCUGGCUGUGGCCGACAUCGCCGUGGGGCUUCUGGUCAUCCCUCUGGCCAUCGUCCUCACUCUGGGGUUGCCCACUCACUUCUACACCUGCCUCUUCUUCUCCUGCCUGGUGUUGGUCAUCACGCAGAGCUCCAUCCUUUCCCUGCUGGCCAUUGCCAUCGACAGAUACCUGAGAGUGAAGAUCCCGACCAGGUACGCCGUGAUAGUCACCCAGGGACGGGUGUACGUGGCGGUCUGCUUGUGCUGGAUCCUCUCCUUUCUGUCUGGACUGGUUCCAAUGAUGGGCUGGAACAACCUGGACGUCCACGGGAACCUCAGCAGCUCCAGCGAGAUCGUCUGCACGUUCACCGGCGUCAUCAGCAUGAACUACAUGGUGUACUUCAACUUCUUCGGCUGGGUGGUGGUGCCGCUGACCGUCAUGAUCGCUCUCUACCUGGAGAUCUUCAGGGUGAUCCAGCUGCGGCUCAACCGUCGGGCCGAGGCCACUUGCGAUGGGGACCGGUACUACAGGAAGGAGCUGAAGUUGGCCAAAUCGCUGGCCUUGGUGGUUUUUCUCUUUGCUGUGUGUUGGCUGCCGAUACACAUCGUGAACUGCAUCAGUUUCUUCUGCCCGAAGUGUUGGACCCCUCAGUUUGCCACUAACGUGGGGAUCUUUAUGUCCCAUGUGAACUCCGCUCUCAAUCCCAUGGUCUACGCGUUCAGGAUAAAGCACUUCCGCCUCACCUUGAUCCAGAUCACUCAGCGCUGCAUGCUGUGCAAACCCUCUGCAGCCGCCUCGUGCUCCACCAGCACGCCGGCGCUGCAGGAUAAGGGGACCGUGAGCCUGUAGCAUGUGCAGGGAAUUUGGUUCACUUAAAUACGGAAUACAACAAUGAAGUGCUUCAUUUCACCCACAGUGGGACAUCUUAAUAUUCAUCGACUGUGACUUCAAGAAGCUGAGCCUGCAUCAAAGAAAAAAUGAAUCCUACAGUUUAGUUUUCACUUGUUGCCUUUUACACUGAUAUUAUUUACUAUAUGUGGUACUGUAUGUUAAUAUGUCAUCUUUAAAAGACUUGUUCAUGUAUUUAUCAAAAUAGAAUGUGCACAUUCUUAUUGAAUAUGCGAAGCUGACACUUCUAAUUAUACAGUGAGGAGAUCAAAGAAUGACUAUUGGUAUUUAAUGCAUAUUUGGCCAAAUUAACCAAAGACAGUUCACAUUUCAGACUUACAGGAAGGUGAAACAAUCCUUCCUGAAAUGCCAAUUAACAAUAAAGCCAAUAACCCAUGUGAAACUAAGUCUGGCAUCGGAGUAACUUGGCCUUUAGACUUUAUCACAGUACGCAGGCAUCCUUUCAGCCAAUUCAGCAGGAUCGGGCCGUAUUUUAGGGCUUGUGGCAGUUGAAAAAGCUGUGAAGCAUUUUUCUAAAUCAUCCAUUGAGCCAGAAGUAGUUUAUCUGAACUGUGAAACUUCAUAUUAAACUAAUUUGACUUGGGUUAGUUCAAUCGAGCACUGCUCUUCCACAUUGAUAGGUUACAGGUCAAACUCGGUUUCAAAGAACAACUUGGAAGUAAUGAUUAGUUCUACAUGAACAUGCUAUCACACAUCUAUUGCAUGUAUGUAUUCUAUGUAUUUAAGACUAAUUUCAGGUCAAUUUUAAACUGGGAUCAAAUUAAACAACUUUAGAACCAUGUGAACACAGACAACCACCUACUUUUCAUUGCUCUGAGCAUCUCUGAGAGCAAAUGAGUGGACGAGGCAUCAAGGCUUUUAAAUAAAUUGAGCUGUCUCUGUGCACUCAAAUAACUGACACAGGCAUUCUGGCAGGGACCCAUGCUACUUCUUGUUCCAGUUUGAUCUUGAUCUCAAAAGCCAGCACUUGUCACUACUGAUGUCUGCAUUGGCUGGCAUUUCUUCAAACAAUCACUAUUGCGGUCUUGCAUUGUCUGCAAAUUCACCACAGUGUUGAGGACGGACUGCAUGUGGCAGUCUGAAGCCGCUUUGACCACAGCCAUCAAUAUAUAGCUCUGAGUAGCUUAGUAUUUAGUUUCAGUGGUGCUUUGAGCUAAAUAAAAAUGUCACACCACAGCUUUCUAUUUGACAACAUUUGUAUAUGAGGACAAGGCUCAGCUGGGAGAAAUGUUAAUAUGCUUACGGGUAUUUCCUGCUAAACUAUUCAGAUCAUAUCACACACCAAAGCAGGAAAUGCAGCCUUGCUACUAUAGUACAGCAGUAUGUCUAAUAAUAAAGAAAUAAAUAAGAGUCUGCACACAAACACAUACACCGGAUGUUUGAUUAGUCAUGUGAACAAGAAAGGUGAGGAUGAGAAUACUGUAUUUGUUAAGUAAGGUCGGUAAUACACGGGCUUACAGGACCUGGGCUGAAACACAUUUAUGCAAUAACACCCGGAAACUCUGCAUCAUCAUCAUCAUCAUCAUACUGUAUGAGAGAUUUACCUGAUUCACUUACAAAAGACCUUUCGCUCAAAUUCGAACCCUAAAGGUCUAAGACAGAUUUGAAAUCAUGGCCAGGUUUAACAUAACUGUACAUUAGCGUUUGCUAAGUGAGAGGGAUAUUUAUGUUUAGGCAAUACUGUUUUACAUUAAUUCACUUAGCACAGAAAAGUGAAAAUCCGCCUUCAUGAAAUGCCAAUUUAAAAGAAAGUCAAUAAUUUAAAAUAAAAAAAAAACCUCUGGCAACAUCAAGCCAUUAGCCAUUAGAGUUUCUCACGCCACACAGACCCGUUUACAGCUAAUUCAGCUGGGUCGGGCCAUAUUUUAAGGGUCGUGGCAGUUGAAAGGCCUCUUAGCAUUUGACUAAAUUAUCCACUGAGCAGCAUUAUGCGUAAGUGAUUUAUUUGGACAGUAGCGCUAAGUCUUCUGCUGAAGCUGCAUCGGUCCUGCUUCGUCAUCAGUUUGACUUCUGCCUGCUUCCUUUUACACUGCUGCUCAUCCAUUACAUGAAGGUCCAGACUUUUUAAGGAUGUAUAUUUAGAUAAUUUGGUAAAACUUACAUUACACAUAUAUAUUUAUUUAACUGAUUUUAUGUAAAUCUGCUUCUUACUGUAACUACCUACAUUAAGAAUAAUACUGUUGCAUGGUUGCGCAUAAUAUGAUAGUGUGAAAUGUUCAAGAUGCAGCUUUUUCUCUGUUGUUCCCUGAAAAACGCUCGGUGAUACGUAUUUUACCAUCUGUCACCCUCAUCCUUGUUGAGGGAUUUGAAUCUGCUGAGUGUGCUCUAAUCCCCAGCCCUCAUCUUAGCGAGGGAGAUGCCACAUAAUCAACCUGCCAUUUACAGCCUUUGUAGCACACUCUCAGCUGGUGGCCUGUCAGGCUCUGGAGGGACAUGGUGUAGAUGUGAAGACAAGAAGCCAGCACUGUUUUAAAGCUUAUCUCGAUAUUACAGCAGUUUUUGAGGAGUAGAGAGCUGAAGUUUGAGCGUGCAGCACCAUCCAAACAUGGGGGAACCAGACAGAGCAGAGGGUGACGUGGAAGGAGAGGACCCACGGGAGCAGGAAGCCCUGCUGCAAAUCAGCAAACACACCGAGACGCGGCAGGCCUUUGCUUGGGGGCAGCGCACCUUCAGGGAGAAGGCCACAUAUUAUGCAGAUCGCAUCUUCCUUGGGUUCCUGUUUGUGUUCUUCCUCAUGCUGCUGUCAGAAUUUGGCUAUAAAAUGUGGUACGUGAUGAAUAUAAGGAGAAUUGCAGAGUUUGUGGCAACCUGGCUCUCCACCCAGGAGAGACAAGAGGAGCGGCUUGAACUGUAGCUUUAUGACAGAGCAGCUGUAAUAUGCACAUUACACUCAACAACGCUGUUUGAAUGAUCACUUGGAGGUUUUAGACACACGUGGGAUUACAAAUGCCCACUACACAAUCCAUUUACGGCUGCAUUUAGAAAGUAAGUAUGUAUUAUUAAUGUUUGAGCAUUGUCUUGGUGGUGAAUUAAUGUGAAAAUAAAUUAUGUAUGCCUUUAAUUGAAUGUGCUUUCAUCUCCACCUUCUGGUUGUUCUUUCAUUUGUGUAGUUUCACAGCCAAGUCCAACGUUCUGAACAGAAUAGCAACACACAAACACACAAUUAAAUUGGGCUAAGAUAGACAAUAA